UAUGCAACUACAAUUAAUUUACUGAUAAUAUGAUAAUGUUUAGUUAGGAUUUGAUUUAAUAAAAUUUAAAUAACAAUCACUCAUCCUGCUUGGGCUGAUGAACAAAUAGUCAAAUUAAAAUGAAACCAGACUUAUCUAGAAGUGCAGAUUACAUAUAUGUUAGCUUAUGUUAUUUAAAACCACCUUAUCUCAUCGUUCCCAAUAUAAACAGUAAAAGUGCGGACGCUGAAGAUUUUGUUAACGCGGCAAUUUUUAAAAAGAAAAGGCAGUCUGAAUUCGGUCGCGACAUAAAAGGCUGUAUUUCGCAUAUUUUUAAUGAAUAAAUCGAGGUUUUUAGAACAAUUUGUGUGUUAUUUGUGUUGAAAUUAUCUACAACAAAUCGUAAAAGCUAACAUCAGAAGUGGGAUAGCUCCUAGUGAAGCCGAUCACAGGAGAAAAGGACCUAAAAAGUGAUUUUUUUUUGUGCGUGUUUAAAAAUGGCUGACGAGGAACAACGCGAAAGUUGUGAGAGUGACCGUGCGGGUACGAGUAGCUCAGCCAUUAUCGGUGGUAGUGAUAGUGCAUCAAUAAACAAUCAGAUGAUGUUGAUGUUUAAAAUGCAGCAAGAAAGUAACAGUAAUUUUCAAAGUCAAAUCAUGCAAAUAUUAUCCACCAUGGCCAACGCCCAAGCUACGCAAGCUGAAGCGGCGCUACAGUCGUCUGUGGAACAAGCGCAUGUGCAAUCUGUUGCUGUGGUUGGUCCCGGUCCCAAAGUUAUGGCAGCAGCGGCAUCAUCGCAAAUUUGCUUAACUAUUUUUGAUCCUGAUGACACGCCGUUCACAAUGGUCGAGUGGAUGGAUGACGUAAGCAGAAUUCAAGCCGAGUUGCGAAUUUCUGAUACGGUAACUGUUUUGAAAGCUGGUCACGCUCUUCGAGGUCGUGCAGCUCGAUUUUAUCGUCAUUGGAAGCCAAUUGUUAGAGAUUGGGCAUCUUUUAGGCGAGAUUUUGAGGUAGCAUUUCCAGAAAAAGGCACGCCAGCUACUCAAUUACGUGCCUGUCUAGCAAUUAUGAGCAACAAUUUUGACUCGCUAGUUGAGUAUGGAAAUGCUAAGUUGUUAGCUAUUAGACGGUUUUAUGCUGAUUUUCCUUGGAGGAUAGUGCUGAGUUUAGUAGAGCAUGAUAUUCAAAGUGCUGAGGUGAAAAAUCGAAUUUGCUUGCAGAGUCCCGAGUGCGAUGCGGAUCUGUUAAAGUUGUUAGCUGUCUGCGAUGCUGCAAAACUAAGCGAAGUAAAUCGAGUGAGAGAGUCACGAAAACGGCCAAACAAUUCUCGUGAAGAUCACCCCGCUUUUCACGGAAAGUGUCGACAAUGUCAUCGAUUUGGACAUAAACAGAUAGACUGUAAACAAGGUAUAGUGUCCAACAUGGAAAAGCCUCUUCCUGGCCCUUCUGGAGCAAAUAUAAACUAUCCAUCAAGAGAUCAGACAAAAACUGUAAUGUUAAACACAUGUACAUAUUGCCAAAAGAAAGGACACUCAGAAGACACUUGUUACAAGAAAAAUGGGUUUCCAAAACGAGUAAUGCUGUCACAAAAUACUCGGUUUGUGCAGUCUCCACCUUUAGCUACACUUACAAAUGACAGCACUAUAACUUCGAUUUCCUAUUUGGUAGACACUGGGGCAGACGUAUCAAUUUUGCAUGAAAAAGUGGCAAAGAAACUAAAUUUAAAAAUUCAACCAAGUAAUCAAUGUUUGGCUGGUAUCGGAAAGUCUAUUAUGAAGGCUAUCGGUCGCAGCACUGCCAUAAUGUUUACACCAACGAUGACGUUAGAAAUGGACUUUCUUGUUGUCCCAGAUGGAUCUAUCCCUGGGGGUGACGUUGACGCUUUAAUUGGUUUGGAUGUUCUUAAACGGCCAGGUGUUAAAGUGGAGGUAAAUGAAAAUAGUGUAGAUAUUGUGUAUGAUCCUCUUAGCAUGUCCAGGAUUUGUACUGUACGCACAUUUGAUGAAAGUAGAUUAGAUUUGUCAGAAUUGGACGAGCCAUUAUCUAAUGCUAUAAAAACAUUACUUCAACAAGCCAUAAAUCAAACGCCGCCCGCCGUAACCACUGGAAAAUUAAUAAUAACAUUACGUGACCCACAGCCGGUUGCUUAUAAGCCGCGGCAUCUAUCGUACGGAGAGAGGUUGCAAGUCAAGCAAAUCAUACAGGAACAACUUGAUACUGGAAUAAUUCGUGUUAGUGAAUCUGCUUACGCUAGCCCGAUUGUACUGGUUAAAAAAAGGAAUGGAGAUACGAGACUAUGUGUGGAUUACAGAGAGGUAAAUAAACAAGUAGUGCGGAAUAAUUACCCAUUGCCUCGCAUACAAGACCAAAUAGAUGCACUUAGUAAGGCCAAAUAUUUUUGCACUCUUGACAUGAAGUCGGGUUUUUACCAAAUUGAAGUUGAAGAAAAAUCCAAACACAUUACUGCUUUUGUGACCCCGGAUGGAUUGUAUGAGUAUAACCGCAUGCCUUUUGGUUUUGUUACUUCGCCGCCUACUUAUCAGAAAGCAAUUGAUAAGGCUCUAGGACUAUUAAAAGAUGAUAUCGCAUUUGUUUACAUUGACGAUGUUUUAUGCCCAGCGCGCACUACUGAGGAAGGUUUUAAUAACUUACGACUGGUUGUUGACACCUUAUCAAAAUCGGGAUUUGUGCUGAACUUGGAAAAAUGCAGUUUUUUUUAAAAACGUCUGUCGAAUAUCUAGGCGUUAUCAUUGAAGGCGGUACUGUAAAGCCAAGUAACCGAAAAGUUGAUGCGCUUGCACAGACUAUUGCUCCUGUCGAUGUAAAGGGUGUUAGGCAGUUCUUAGGGUUGGCUGGAUAUUUCAGACGUUUUGUAAAAGGAUUUGCCAGUUUAACUGCACCAAUUUCCGCACUGUUGCGUAAAGGACAACCUUUUAAGUGGACAAGUGAGUGCGAAAAUGUGCGUUUAGACUUAAUAAAACGACUAACAGAAUACCCAAUUUUAAAUAUUUUUAAUUCUGACUUCUAUACGGAAUUACACACGGACGCGAGUUCCAUAGGGUUAGGUGCUGUAUUAAUGCAAAAAGACUUGGAUAAUAUUUUGCAUCCGGUAGCCUAUUACAGUAGACGCACUACUGAUUGUGAAUCGCGUUACCACUCCUAUGACUUAGAGACUCUGGCUAUUGUAGAAGCAACCCAGUAUUUUCGUGCGUAUUUGUAUGGUAUAAAGUUUACAAUUUAUACUGACUGUAAUUCUGUGCGCGCUACGGCUUUAAAAAAAGAAUUACACCCUCGUGUGGCCAGGUGGUGGAUCAAGUUACAAGACUUUAAUUUUGAAAUCGAAUAUCGGCAAGGCUGUAGAAUGGCUCAUGUGGACUAUCUUAGCCGAAAUGCGGUUUCGAUAAAUAGAGUUUCAGUGGCGCGCAGUACGGUUCCAAAUAAGGCAAAUAAAACAAUCGGGGAUUAUCAAAAAGAAGACGCAUUUUGUCAGGCUAUAGUAGACAAAACGCAAAGUUUGUCGGGCUACUCAGUGAAGGACGGUUUGGUAUUUUUAUGCAGUCCGAGUGAUGGAAUUAAUCGGUGUUUCGUUCCAAUCGCGGCGCGACUGGAUAUAAUGCGCUUAUACCAUGAUGAAUCAUCUCAUAUAGGUGCUGACAAAAUGUUGUUAAAGUUACUGGAAGUUUUGGCAUGGCCGCGUAUGGGCAGAACAGUGCGGAAAUACCUGGCCAACUGUAGAUCUUGUGUUUUGGGAAAAUCCUCGAGUGGUAAAAAAAGUGGCAUGUCUCAGCAAAAAUCCAAGCCGUCGACCAAAAUGGAUACAUGGCAUAUCGACCAUGCUGGGCCAUUAGUAAAAUCAAAUCGGUGCACCCAGAUAUUAGUGAUAAUAGAUGCGUUCACGAAAUUUGUCCGUUUUUGUCCGAUAAAGCAGAAAACAACAGAAUGUAGCAUCAAAGCCCUAAGUGAAGUGUUUUAUGAGUUAGGAGCACCAAAACGUAUAAUAGCAGAUCGAGGUACUGCUUUUCUGUCUGGCAAAUUUAAAGACUUUUUAGAAGAAUGGGCAGUGGAGUUACAUUUAAUUGCAACAGGAGUUCCACGUGGAAAUGGGCAAGUAGAGCGUGUAAUGCGCACGCUAUUUAACGCUAUGCGUGCCGUUUUAAAUGAAAAAGAUGAGAAGAAAUGGAGUAAAAUCUUGCCUGAUAUUGAGGAUGAUUUUAAUGUAACAAUAAAUAAAUCGACGGGCUAUGCACCAUGGGUGCUAAUGUAUGGUGAAAAUCGGCGUCUGAAUGCUACAAACCAACUGUUAACUGAUGUGUCAUCUUCACAGCAAAAAGCUCUCGAUAUUAAAACCAUUAACAGUAAUGUAAAUGAUCGAUUGAAGAAAAUUACUGAGAAGUCAGCAGAAAGUUUUAAUAAGAAGCGUGUUAAAGCAGUGCCAUACUCUCGAGGAGAUAAAGUUGCUAUAGAAAAUAGUCAGUUGGCAUAUGGUGGCAAAUUAAAACCCAAAUAUCAGGGCCCGUUCGAAGUCAUUAAUUGCCUGCAAAAUGAGAGAUAUGUCUUGAGACGAGCAGGAAAGCAAGGCAGAACCACGGUAGCAGCGCACGAGCAAUUGCGCGCGUGGCCAGAUGAGUGCACAUAGGCUGUGGCUAUUGUAAUAAAGAAGUUCCUCAUUUAAAAUUGUGGGCUUUAAGGUCCCUAAAAAGGUUUUUGGGCUGUUCCCCAAACCAAUUUUUAGGCUAUGUUCCCCAAUAGAUUUUGGGCAUUUUGUUCCCUAAAAAAAAAAGAGUUUAGGCUGUUCCCUAAACUGAUUUUUAGGCUGUUGGUAAAGUGAUUUUUAGACAUUUAGGUUCCCUAAAAGAAUCUUUAGGCUUAAGUUCCCCAUUACAUGUUGGGCUUUAUCUGCUCUAAAAAUGUGCA